AUGACCGGGGAAAAGCGGUACUGUAGUCAUGGACCAUCUGAGUCCGGGAUCAAGGAAGCCGAAGGAAGCAGAACUGGGGAGACAGCGGGCAAGAAACAGCAUUUGGGAGCAAGAUGCCAGGCCAAGGUCCAGGUGUCUAUGGUGGCCGAGAUGGAGGUGGUUAUGGGCCAGCAGGUGCCCAUUUUCUGCUCUUACACAGGGAUGGGAGAGCAGGAUUACCUCCUGGUGGAAUGGUUUACUCUGGACAAGAACGGGGAGCAGCGGCGUGUGGCGUACAACGAGAAGGGCAAGGUCGGCGUGGACAGAGGAACGGAGUAUACGGACCGCGUCUUCAUGGAUGCCAACAACAGCCUGGUCAUCACUGCCAUCGACGUGAACGAUGAAAAAUUCUUCUCCUGCCAAGUCACCAGCGGUUCCGGAAGUGACACCGGAAGGACUCAGCUCAAGGUCUUCGAACCCUGCGAGGCGCCAGUGAAACACUCUGCAAAUAAGUAUGUUGCUGAAUUGUUAGUGGAACUGGACCCCACGCUAAUCCAAAGCGGGGUUCAGUGCACGGCAGAGAACAAGUACGGCGCGGCCAAAAAGAGCCUGCAGCUGAAAUUGG